ACACUUCCCAUUGGCCGGCGGCUUCGGCGGGCUCUGAUUGGCCGCGAUGAGGGUGGGCGUGGCGGAAAGGCGGCUUCUGAUUGGCUGAGAGCGAAUGAGGGGGCGUGGCGCGGCGGGUCACGUGACGCGGAGGUGUCCCCCCAGGUGGAUGAUGGUUCCAGGACGUCCCCUGGGCCGUCUGGACCCCCGUUCCUCCCUGCUCUUCCUCUGUGAUCUCCAGGAGCGUUUCCGCGGCUCCGUCGCCGCCUUCCCCGAGGUCGUGGCCGUGGCCGCCCGGAUGCUGCGGGGGUGCCGGAUUUUGGGGGUCCCGGCUCUGGUGACCGAGCAGCGCCCGGAGCUUUUGGGGCCCACGGUGCCCGAGUUGGGGGCUCAGGACCUGCCCCGGCACCCCAAGAGCUGUUUCAGCAUGGUGGGGGUGGGGGCCGUGAGGGCCCUGCUGGAGGGGGACCCCAAAAUCCGCUCCGUGCUCCUCUGCGGCAUCGAGGCCCAGGCCUGCCUGCUGCAAACGACUCUGGACCUGCUGGAGCGGGGUCUGGACGUGCACGUUGUGGUCAAUGCCUGCUCCUCCCGAAGCCAGGAAGAACGAGCCAUAGCCCUGUCCCGGAUGCGCCAGAGCGGGGCCUUCCUGACGAGCUGCGAGAGCGCCCUCCUGCUGCUGCUCAGGGACAGCCAGCACCCCCACUUCCGGCAGAUCCUGCCCCUGCUGAAGGAGCCCUGGCCGGACACGGGGCUGCUCCUGGGGGGGGUCCUGGGGGGGCCCUGAGACCCCCAAAAAACCCCCCCAAAACAACCCCAAAAAUGCCAGAAAUGGCCCCAAAAACAGCCCCGAACCCCCUGAAU